AUGCUUGCUGUCCUUGCUCUGCCCCUUUUGCUCGCGGCGUGCGCUGAAGCCGCCCUCGGCCCCAAGGCCGAGCUCAUCAUCUCCAAUGCUCAACACGCACCUGAUGGCUUCACGCAUGACACCAUCGUAGUGAACAAUCAAUUCCCGGCUCCCCUUCUGACUGCAAAGAUGGGGGAUAACAUCGACUGGAAAGUCUUGAAUCUUCUCUCAGAUACAGACUUUGGCACCCCUACCUCGGUCCACUGGCACGGUCUCUUUCAGCACGGCUCGGCCUACGCAGAUGGGCCUGCCUUUGUGACGCAGUGUCCGAUCGUGCCGUAUGAGUCGUUUGACUACAAGUUCUCUGUGCCCGGUCAGGCAGGAACGUACUGGUAUCACAGCCAUUACAAGCUGCAGUACUGCCAGGGUCUGCGCGGACCCAUCGUGAUAUAUGACCCGAAUGACCCGCAGAAGCACCUCUACGAUGUCGAUAACGAGGGCACUGUGAUCACUCUCGCCGACUGGUAUCACACUACCCAACUUGGGCCCCCUCCGCAUACAGCAGACUCAGUACUGAUCAACGGGAAAGGGCGCUACGCUGGCAACCUCACCGCGCCUCUUGCCGUCGUGAACGUCAAGCAUGGCCUUCGCUACCGGUUCCGUUUGGUAUCCAUGGCUUGCGACGCGAACUUCGUCUUCAGUAUCGACGGCCACUCAUUCGCCGUGAUCGAGGCCGAUGGUGUGGCUCAUCAACCACUUCCAGUCGACUCCGUACAGAUCUUUGCCGGUCAGCGUUACUCGCUUGUUAUGGCAGCAAACCAGCCCCCGUCCAACUACUGGAUACGCUCCAAGCCCGAUAACGCUCGGAAUACGACGUUCACUAGCGGUUUGAACUCGGCCAUCCUUCGUUACGCCGGUGCUCCUGUCGCGGAACCAUCAUCGGUGCAGCCCAAUCUCACGCAACCACUAGUUGAGCAGAACCUUCACCCGCUCACUGAUGCUGCUGCGCCCGGCGCCCCAUACCCCGGAGGCGCGGACGUUUCAUUGUUGCUUAAUGUUACCUAUAACGGGACCGUCUUCUUGACGAAUGGGACUACGUAUCAAUCGCCGUCGGUACCCGUCCUGCUCCAGGUACUCAAUGGCGCCAACGCGAGUUCUCUUCUCCCGUCUGGUUUGGUGUACCAGCUGCCGAGGAACAAGGUCAUCGAGCUGGUGAUCCCUGGCGGCGUGAUUGCCGGACCGCAUCCCGUCCACAUACACGGCCACGCCUUCUCCGUCGUGCGCAGCGCUGGCAACUCGACCUAUAACUUCGUGAACCCUCCCAAACGGGACGUCGUGAGCAUCGGGUCAUCUGCAACCGACCGUACUACAAUUCGUUUCGUUACGGACAACCCGGGCCCGUGGUUCUUCCAUUGCCAUAUCGACUUUCACCUUGCUGAAGGUUUCGCGGCCGUCUUUGUUGAAGACCAACCCGAUAUCAAGGCCGUAGAUAAGCCGACUAAAGAAUGGGAUACACUCUGCCCCGCCUACAAUUUCUACGCUCAAACUCACAAUCUUACCACAGCUUCUGGUUGA